AUGAAUUGGCUUGACUCUGCAGCAGGACCGGCACUCUCUGCGUAUUUUGCUGGACCCUACCUGCAGGGCGAGGUUCACGACCCACAGCAAGGUGCCGAGUAUACGGCCACAGUGGAGGAGAUCAUCAAGCACUCCCUCGAGCGGAAUGUGACGGUUUUCGAGCACCGGGCCACUGGGAUCCGCGUGUGGUCUGAGGCACUGGACCUGCGGGCGGCUCAGCCGGGCUGUCGGACGGAGGUUCUUUACCACUACACCACCAGGGAAAGCUUCAGUACCUUCCUCGACCACCGACAGCCAGUUCAGGAGGCACUCAAGUCCUUGUGCUAUGGUGAGCCACCCAACAUGAGGGCGAGUUCGAGGGAGCCGAACCAGCUCCGCGGCACCCACUCGCACGCGGCCUUUAGCAUACCCUUGCUGGCGCCCGCAAGCUGCUGUGAGCAGACACCUGACGAACCCGAGAACUACCUUCUGAGCUUCUCGGUUGGCGAUUUGCAGAGGGUCGCCAUGCUCGGCUGGACAUGCUUGCGGCCGAAGCUGCUUGACAGGCCCUGGGCGCAAAAGCCAGGCGAACUGCGAGAG